CAAAAGUUACUCCUCGGGCAGAUAUUUUCAAGAACAUUAACUCACUCUGUAGUGCUGGCCUCAGCAUCGGUGAAGCUUCGGUGAGUUUGAAACAAGCGGACGCCCCCGCGGCCCGCCGCCCUGAAAAGGAGCAGAGGAAAGAAGCACCACCCAUUCUUGCGGAACCGUCCCGUUAUUCACGAGCUCAGUGCACGGAGCGCCUCGGAAUAACGGUUUUCAGGAAUGAGGCGAAAGAGAUUGAAGGGAGAACAUGUCCCCGCGUCCGAGAGUACUUCUCUAAACAUGAACGCGGCUAUUUGGAGAACGUUUCUUAAACUGCGCUGGUGGAUUGCUGUAGGACUUUGUCUAACAGCCAUCCCAUCCUGUGGGGGAGUUCAGGUGUCGGUAAGAGAGGACAGGAAGUAUGCCUUGCUGUUCCAGACGGUGGUUCUGCCUUGCCAGUACUCCAGCAUCUCCACCCAGACCCCCGUGGUCCAGUGGUGGUACAAGUCCUACUGCCGUGACCGCACACGCCAAGCCUUCGCUUACCCAGACAGCCACGGGGCCCCCGGGGGUCAUGGAGGCCGCGGAGGCCUUGGGGGGGUGGAGCAGGGCUACGCGUCCCAUCUGGAGUGCCCUGACAGCAGCCGCACGGUGCGGAUCAUAGCCUCCAUCUCUGGAGCCUCCAUCACUCUGUCUGAGCACUACAAGGACAGGGAUAUCUCCAUCCUCAACAAGGCAGACCUGCGUAUUGGGGAAGUGCAGUGGGGUGACAGUGGGGUCUACCUGUGUAAAGUAGUGAUAGCAGAUGACCUGGAGGGACUCAACGAAGCCCCUGUAGAGCUGCUGGUGCUAGGUAACUCAGGUGAGCCGGGCGACCUGCUGCCUGAACUAGACCUGACCCUGAUGCCAGAGUGGGUGUUUGUGGGGGCGGUGUCUCUUGGCAGUGUGCUGCUCCUCCUGCUGGUGGGGCUGUGCUGGUGCCAGUGCUGCCCUCACUCCUGCUGCUGCUACGUCCGCUGCUGCUGCUGCCCCGACACCUGCUGCUGCCCUCGGCACUUGUACGAGGCUGGUAAGGGGAUCAAGAACAGCAGCUCCAGCCCCCAGAUCGCCCUCUACCCCCCCUACUAUGUGUCUGGGGUUCCCACCAUGCUCCCCAUUGCCCCCCCUUCCCUGGUCGACCCCAAGUCCCUCACCCCCUCAGAGAACAGCCUGACCGGAGUACGGCCCGGGUUCCGUGUUCCGUCCAGCCAGGAUCAGAACUCUCUUAGGGUUCUGCAGUAUGUAGAGAAGCAACUGGCCCACUUCAACCCCGCCCGGAGCAACAGCCACACCUCCUGCAGCCUAUCAGAGCUCAGUUCCCUCCACGAGGUGGACACAGGAUUCCGUCAGACCUACCGGCAGGUGGCCAAGAAGGCCCUGCCCGCCAUCCCCGACCUUGCCCACGACCUUGAACAUGACCUUGAACUUGAACGAGAGAGAGAGCGGGAACAUGAGAGGGAACGAGAGAGAGACCGUGAACGAGAGAGAGAGCAUGAGAGAGAGCGCGAGAGAGAACGCGAGAGAGAGCGCGAGAGAGAGCGCGAGCGAGAGUAUGAACGAGAGUGUGAACGAGAGAGAGAACGGGAGCGAGAGAGAGAAAGAGAGCGAGAAAGAGACAUUCCUGAACCCCCCCGCCACCCUCCUUCCCUGACAACCAGGUCAGCACGCAGCCAGCACCAACAAAACCACAGUACAGAGGAGCACCGUAACAGGUGGAAUCCUCGUUCAGAGCACCUGCAGAGGAAGGAGUUCCGUCUGAGAGGACGCACCGGCUCAUUGGAUGAGCUGGAAGAGUUCGCUACCUCCUAUAGGCAGAAAGGGUCCAAGGGGGAGGAGCCCAGGAACGAGGGGCGGGAUUACGGAAUGGAGAUGAGCGAGAGAAACCAUCACCGGCACGACGACGGCAAGCGUUACCGUGACGACGAUGCACGUUACCGCGGCAACGAGGACAGCGAAUGGGGAGGCAACGGUCGCCGAGACCGUGAGUGUCGCCCACCGCGCAGUUCCCCUCCCCCCUCCCCGAAGAAGAGGAGGGGCACCUGUGAUACCGAUCACCCCACCCCCCCUCGCCACAGCCCAACCAGGGAGAAGGACUACGAUGACACGUUCCUGACUAGCCUAUUGGAGCGCAAGGCCAAACUGAAGGGCGUGGCCAAGGGCGGGGAGGAUUCAGACACGCCCUCUAAGGGCAGCUCUAAAAAGAGCAGCCGGUCACCUAGCACCCGGCCCGAGGAGGACGAUUCGCUGCCGCCAUAUAGCGAGCGGGAAAUGGAGCGAAUGAGAGCCGCCGAGGCCUCCCCCCGACCAAUCAUACACUCGCGUUCAUCCCACGGCUCCUCCCACACUCCUCUGGACCGAAGAGAGGAGAGAGACAAGUCUAAGAAACAGGUCAUGUUCAGAUGUCACAAGAGCUACUACUAGAGCACGCUCCUCAGCCGAGACUCUCUCAUAGUCUGAUCACCUGACACUCAGGGGAGGAGGAGGAGGAAGUAGAAGGGCGGUCCUUCCUCUCUGGACCAGUGGGGUCAUGGCAUAAGGUUGUUGGCGACCAAUGAAAGCAAGCGUCCACCAAUAGCAUAAUGGGAUAUUCCUAAGUGACCAAUCAAAUUGACUGUGUGCUACAUUUGAGAGACUGCUUGGAUCUCAGCCCUGGACCGUUGAUGAUGCUUUCAAGGUUGCCAGAAAUACAGGAGAGAAAGAGGAAAAGACAGAGAGAGGAGUGGGGGAAGAAGGAGAACAUUCAUUCCAUUGUUGUUUAUUAUUGAUGCUGGUAUUGUAAAAGAGGAACGAUUGACAGUUCCUCCAUUCCAUUGUCUUCCUUUCACUGGCUUUCCCGGCUCGCACUGAAACACACACGCAAACUCUGUCUUUCACACACACUUUUGUCAUAAACACCGAGACAAUUCUUACUAACGGCCAUGUUAACACACACACUUUCUCCCUCUCACACACACUCUCUCCAUCUCACACACACACUCUCCCUCUCACACACACUCUCUCCCUCUCACACACUCUCCAUCUCACACACACACUCUUCCUCUCACACACACUCUCCCUCUCACACAAACGCUGCUACAGUCUCAGCUGACACAGGGCUUUCUCACUCUUUCUGACAUCACCGAUGAUGUCACCCCUGGCUCCUGUUCCCAGAGGCUGUCUGACGUUGAGACAAUGUUGGGGUGACGUCAGACCCAGGACCCCCCCCCACCUUGCCCCCACCCUGCCCCCCUGCUGAGCUCCACAUAGUGAACCCACUAUGUGGAGCAGGAUGAAACCACUACAGCAUCACUGCCAUGGCAACGUUGGGGCGAGCGAUGCUGUUGUUGAAGAUCCUGCCUCAGCCUCGAAGCCCCUAUACAAUGUGUGUACAUGAUACAAUGUAGAAAACAGUGUUGAUGUAGGAUCAGAUACUUAGCUGGAGCAUUGUAAAGGUUCACAAUUUAAUAUUUUUUUUAUGACAUUUUGGAGUUCUAUGUGGUGAAAUAUACUUUUAUGGAGUUAAAAUGGCAUGUAAUUGUGCGAGUAUGUGUGGGCAUGUUAUGACUAUUUAAACACCUGAUAAGAUAACUGUGUUUGCUCUAAAUGUGUUCAGCCUGUCCUUAUCAAAUGUUAAACACUAAAUCACCACCUUUAUCUCCUAACGACUUAAACACACACAGACACACACUCAUAAAAAAUACACUCAGUUUACAUUUAGAUUUUCAAUGUCAUUGGCUGCAUACUAUAGUGUUAUCUUUGUCUUCGUAUUUUCAUUCACGUUGUCUACUGUUGUGUCUGUUAACUAAGAACCUGUGCCUGCUGGUACUCAUGAUUGAAUCACAGUAUGUGUUUUGUGUUGUUUGUUUGUGUGUGUGUGUGUGUGCGUGUGCGCGUGCGCGCUGACUGCCCAGUUCUCUGUCAGUGAGACAAUGUAUCAUUGAGGAUGAGUCAUAGCCGGCAGAGACUUUGUCCAUUGUGGUUACAUACUGGCUCUCUCUCCGAUAGAACAAUUAUCACACAUAUACGUAGGUCAACACACAUAGUAUGAAAACAGAACCCCAUAGGCAGAAACACACAGACAAGGAGAACCACACGGACACACUGACACACACACACACACACACCACGGUACACACAUGACCCCCUGGCUGCUCGAUUUUGUUGUCACACAGUGAGCAGUGUUGCGGCUGGGCUGUAGCAGAACCUUACCGUGCUCACAGUCACAAUGCUGCGGCUGUCCGGAGCUAACUGACUGUUCAAAGGGGAGACUGAUGGAAAUGGACUUCAUCUAACUUGCUUAAAUGACAUUAGUGGUGGAUGGGAAGUGGGUAUACUGUGUGUUCACAGAUGAGGAGUGUUUACUGUGUUUACCUCCAGCUGUGUUCAACCAUAUAAAGAACACACUUCCUUCA